AUGAGGUAUAAAUAUAAUGAUAAAGAAUAUUUAAUUUCAUGGAAUCAAUGGAGUCAUAAUCAAAGACCUCAUAAACGAGAAGAAGAAAUUGAAAAUAAUGAAAUGGAAAUCAUUGAUGACAUUAAAGAGGAUGGAAUUCCUAAAUUUUGUAGAAAAACCUUUAGAACUAAGUUAGGAGCAUAU